AUGGCGGAUUUAAACCAGGAGUCGCUGCUCGCGCACAAGCGCACGUUCAUGGAGUUCCUCGACCCCGAGAACCCCAAGUCGCGCUACAUGCAGCGAAUCAACGCCAUGGUGGACGCGGGCAAGCACCGCCUCCUCAUUGACCUCUCGGACCUCCGAUCCUUCGAUCCGCACCUCGCCCGCAGGCUCAUCCGCACGCCAGGCGAGCUGUACCCGGCACUAGUGAGCGCAGUGGAGGAUGCAGUGAAGCUGGCGCACCCCAAGCACCUGCUCGAGUCUGCAGCCACAGGCGUGGGGGGCGGCGAAGUGAGCGUGGGGUUUGAGGGGCCGUUUGGGUUCCACCAGGUGUCCCCCCGCGAGCUGCUCUCGCCCUUCCUCAACUCGCUCGUCUGCGUGCACGGGAUUGUCACCAAGUUGUGCAUUACUGCCCUGCCACAGGGGCCUUUCCUCCGCCUUGCAACUGCUGCCCCGCCACUAAUAUACCCUUCUCGCACCCCCCCACCUUCCUCUCCAGGCUCCUCGGUGCGACCCAAGGUGGUGCGCAGUGUGCACUACUGUCCGAACACGGGGGCCUUUUCCUCUCGGGAAUAUCGAGACGUCACUGCACUCACUGGCCUGCCCACGCCCGCCAUCUACCCCACCAAGGACGACAAGGGCAACAUUUUGGUCACAGAGUUCGGCCUGUGCCGCUACCGCGACCACCAGGCGAUGGCGAUGCAGGAGAUGCCUGAGAACGCCCCUGCAGGGCAGCUGCCACGGUCACUGGAUGUGCUGCUAGAGGACGACCUAGUGGAUGCAUGCAAGCCGGGGGACCGCGUGGCCAUAGUGGGCAUCUACAAGGCCGCUCCCAUGCGCGCCACUGGCACCAUCAGCGGCACGUUUCGAGAGUCCCAGCAGGGCAGGGCGGGGCAGGGUAGUGCAGGGCAGCUGCCGCGGUCACUGGACGUGGUGGUAGAGGACGACCUGGUGGAUGCAUGCAAGCCGGGGGACCGCGUGGCCAUAGUGGGCAUCUACAAGGCUGCUCCCAUGCGCGCCACUGGCACCAUCAGCGGCACGUUUCGAACCGUUCUUGUGGCAUGCAAUGUGAUGCAGCUGAGCAAGGAUGCAGUGGCGCCGCGAAUGACAGCAGCAGACGUGAGGGCAGUGAGGGCGCUGGCAGCACGGGCAGACGCGUGGGGAGUGGUGGGGGAGUCGCUGGCGCCAUCCAUCUGUGGGCAUGCGUGGGUCAAGAAGGCCUUGGCGCUGCUGCUGCUGGGAGGAGUCGAGAAGAACUUGCCUAACGGGACCCACAUAAGAGGAGACGUCAACAUGCUCAUGGUGGGCGACCCUUCAGUCGCCAAGUCGCAGUUUCUUCGAGCCAUCAUGCAUGCCGCCCCCCUCGCCAUCUCCACCAAUGGGAGGGGCUCUUCGGGAGUGGGGCUGACUGCUGCUGUCACCACCGACCAAGAGACGGGCGAGAGGAGGCUGGAAGCAGGAGCCAUGGUUCUGGCAGACAGGGGCGUGGUGUGCAUCGAUGAGUUUGACAAGAUGAGCGAUGCCGACCGUGUUGCUAUCCAUGAGGUGAUGGAGCAGCAGACAGUGACAAUCGCCAAAGCAGGGAUCCAUGCUUCCCUCAACGCUCGCUGCAGCGUUGUUGCUGCUGCAAAUCCCAUCUACGGAUCCUACGACCACUCCAUCAGCCCCAUGCGCAACAUCGGCCUGCCGGACUCGCUGCUGUCGCGAUUCGAUCUGCUCUUCAUCCUCGUGGAUCAGAUGGAUGCUGACGUGGACACCCGCAUAGCCAAUCACGUGCUCCGCAUGCACCGCUACCGCCUCCCGGGCGACGACGGAACGCUAGCGCCAGGGGACAUACCCAUGGCCGCAACACAUGCAGAUGAGGAAGAUGAGGAAGAAGAGGGGGGAGAUGCAGUCGACCCAGAUGCUUCCGCUGCUGCAAUGGACGGUGAAGAUGAUGCCAAUCCGGCCACUAGCCGGCCUAGGACCAGGAGUGGGGGUAGAGGAGGAGGGGAUGGGGCUGGUGGGAGUGGGGGAAGGGGAGGGGGCAGCAGUGGUGCAGCUGAUUUGGCGGCGAACUUAGUUAAGUACGAUCGCUUACUGCACGGGGAGAGGAAGGCCGGGGAGCCGAUAAGGAAGAUACUUAAGAAGCGGUUUCUGAAGAAGUUCUUUCACUUUGCCCGCGGCCGCACCCCCGUGCUCUCAAAUCGGGUAAGAGACGCUUUUCCUCCCCGUUCCCCCUGUGCUGCUGGACUGCAGGCAGCAGAGAAGAUAGCACAGGCAUACGCGGAUAUGAGGGCUCAGGGCAUAGUUGUUUCAUUCUGCUUGUUGCUGCACAAUCAUUCUCCCCCUCACGGUCCCUCUUUCCCCCACGGUUCGUUCUCCCCCCGCCCCCCGCGUUCCCCCUCUACUGGACUGCAGGCAGCAGAGAAGAUAGCACAGGCAUACGCGGACAUGAGGGCGCAAGGCAUGGACGCGAGAAGGAGGUCGGAUCAAGGCACUCUCCCUGUAACGGCCCGUUCUCUCGAGACGAUGAUCCGCCUGUCGACAGCACAUGCCAAGCUGAAGCUGCGGCGAGAGGUGGGUCUGGGGGGGGGUGUUGGUGAGCACAUCUACGGGACCCCUCGCUCAAAGGAGAAGAACGUGACGCCGUGUCCGUCCGAAUUUGCCAAACGGCUACGAGAAGCCGCCGAAAGGGAUCGGUCUUCCACACCGUCAAGUUCCAACCGUGCCUCCUCCACCUCCACAACGGUCGAGAUGCCGCCCGCAAGGCGUUCUAGGCAGCGGGACAUCCGCGAUAUGGCGGAUUCCGUUGCCCGCGCGCGUCUGGACUACCUGUGGGCGGCAGUUGUGGCUGAAAAUGAUCUUGCCUUCAACGUCUCCAAGUCUCGUGCGCUACAGGCCUUCGUUGACGCGGCUGUCGUCUACGCGAAGCCCUACACACUCCCAACCCCUUACAAGGUGUCCGGAUCUCUCCUCGACAAGCUAAGGGCGGACGCCGAGGAGCUUGUGAGGCCGUUGAAGGAGAGUUGGAAGACGACCGGGUGCAGUCUCUCGGUGGACGGGUGGACGUGCUUGAAGUCCCGCGCGAUGGUGUGCGUCAUCGCCCUCAACGACACUGCGCCCGUCAUUGUGGACAUCGUCGACUCGAAAACCGCGAAGAAAACGGGGGAUUACCUCGCGGGUCUCAUCGGCAAGUCCAUCUCCGAAGUGGGGAAAGAUCUCGUGGUCCAGGUCAUUAUGGACAACGCCUCUAACAACCGAUCUGCGGCUGAGAAGCUUAAGGUGGAGUUUCCCGGGAUUUUCUUCACCAAUUGCGCCGCCCACUGCUUGGAUCUUAUGCUUCACGACUUUGGGAAAGUCAAGCCCAUCAAACUCGUCUUGGAGCAAGUUCAUCGGGUCGUCAUGAUGAUCAAGGGCAGCGCCUCGGCCGUCGUUCUAUUCCGCGAGCUUUUUACCAAGCUUUCGUUGGUGCGGCCGGGUGCGACACGUUUCGGCACGCAAGUCAUCAUGCUACGCCGAUUCUUGGAGGUGAAGAAGGCGCUCCAGGAGAUGGUCAUCAGCGAUGAAUGGAAAGGGGUGGCGGUGGCGCAGAAGACCGAAGGGCAGGAGGUGCGGACGCUUCUUCUCGACGACGUAUUUUGGGACUGCGUGUCUGCGGUGCUCGGCCUCCUCACGCCGGUUUAUGAAGUGCUAAGGAUGGUUGACACGCGGGCGCAAAUCAUGGGCCAAAUCUAUGGCCUUAUGAUUGACAUCACGGUCAAGACUCGGGUAGCUGCAGAGGCCGCCGGUAAGUGCAAGGCUAUUUAUUGGUUUUCCUACUCCUUGAUCCAAAACUGUGAUGCGAGAUCAUGCCGCGCAUGCCAAUCCCUACAUUAA